GCCCAUGGCGCUCACCUCGCGCAUCUCCCUCAAGGGCAGUGAGCCCUCAGGUCCGGAAGACUACCUGUCCACGUCGCUGGGUGUCAUCUUCCCGGAUGACGUGACCAACCAGCACGGAGACGCGGAGCACAGCCUGGUGUAUGCGUCGCCGCACCUGCCGCGGCCGCUGCUCCUGGACCUGGCCGACCCGGAGGGGGAGACGGACCGCCGGCUGUUCAGCCACUACCUGUGGAACGCGAGCCUGCUGCUAGCCGAGCUGGUGGAGAGGGACACGCUGGGCGUCGAGGACGCGGAAUUGCACCCCGGCGGCGGCAACGGCGAGGACGGGGCGCGUGUGGUGCCGGGACUUGGCGAGGGCGUGAGCUUCGACGUCCGCGGCAAGGCCGUCGCGGAGCUGGGCGCGGGCACGGCGCUGCCGAGCAUGAUGGCGGGCCUGCUGGGCGCGGAGCGCCUCGUCGUCACCGACUACCCGGCGCCGGCGGUCAUCAAGACGCUCCGGGAGAACAUUGCGCGCAACAUCCGACCGUCGCUGGCGCCGACCGGGGGCGAGCACGCCGUGACGCCGGCGUCGUCGGCCCUGGUGACGGGCCACUCGUGGGGGGAGCUGCCCGACGACGACGCCUUCCUCGCGGCGAACCGGCACGCCAUGGACCGCGUGCUGGUCGCGGACUGUCUAUGGAUGCCUUGGCAGCACGAGAACCUCCAUCGGUCCAUUGACCACUUUCUGCGGCGGCGGCCGUGCGGCGACUCCUCCUCCUCCUUCUCUACCUCUUUGUCCGCCUCCGCCUCCUCCUCAUCCCCCUCCUCAUCCUCCGUGGAGGCAGCAGCAGCGGCGGCGGCGGCGGCACGGUGCUGGGUGGUGGCCGGGUUCCACACGGGGCGCGAGAAGAUGCGCGGCUUCUUCGACGAGGCGGCGCUGGCGCGGGCGGACCUCGAGGUCGAGCGCAUCUGGGAGAGGGACUGCGACGGGCGCGAGCGGGAGUGGUCGUGGGACCGCGAGGACGACGUCACGGUGCGCAAGCGGUGGCUGGUUGUCGCCGUGCUGAAGCGCAGGGACAACAACGACAGCAACAGCAGCAACAACGAGGCAUGAG